AUGGCAAUUGGUGUCAACCGAGUACACUUUUUCAUUGCAAUUCUUUGCAUUGCUUUAGUUUUGCAUCCAGGUGGUGCAAGAAGAUCCGAUGAAAUUACGAAUGAUGAUCCCAAAUAUGAUUGUUAUGCAACAGCAGAAUGUCCAUUAUCUAAUGAAACUUGUUUACAAAAUUGUCAACGACGAGAGAAUAUGGCAAUUGGUGUCAACCGAGUACACUUUUUCAUUGCAAUUCUUUGCAUUGCUUUAGUUUUGCAUCCAGGUGGUGCAAGAAGAUCCGAUGAAAUUACGAAUGAUGAUCCCAAAUAUGAUUGUUAUGCAACAGCAGAAUGUCCAUUAUCUAAUGAAACUUGUUUACAAAAUUGUCAACGACGAGAUCUGCUAGCUCAAGUAUCGACAUCGACAUAA